GAACGAAACGCUCCUGUUUAAGCUCGAGUUACGCGUUUAAGGCGGGCGUUAACCUCCAGUUCGGCCCUGUAACGUUUAAACGCGGCGUUAUUGGUCCGCGCCGAGCGCGAGGCGACAUCAGCAGCUUUAGUAGCGGCGGGGCGGCGCUUUCAGUCCGACUGGGCUCACGGGGCUCCGUAGCUCUGCUCUCCUGGAUGAAAACCCGUCUAUUUCAGCUAAAACCCCAGCAGACAGACGCAGGCGCCAGACUUCUUAACAUUUAACACUCAUUUCCAGCUCAGAAACCCAGAAACCUGAAAAAAAACGAGGGUUCUUCAAGGGUUCUCCGACGGUUCUUCAAGGGUUCUCCGGCAGAGACCACGAGUUCUACAUCUGCGUGCUUCACUGGGUCUUUGCACGGUGAACUGGUUCUCCAGGUUGAUGGACGAAGAGCUUGUAUGUGCGGUGAUGGAGGACAGCAGCCGUCCAGAGUGUCCGUCCAAACCCUGCGCUCCUGCCCGCUCUAAAAAGCCUGACGCGCCGCUCUACGUCCCCAAGAAACGUCAGGACCAAGCAGGGGACGCACACGCCAACCCCCAGCCCAAAGACAACCACCAAACUCCAGGGGACAAGAAAUCCCGGCCCAGACCUCGAUACACUGACAAAGCCAGAAAAUACAACAAGAACAAGAAGGACAAAGGAAGUGGAGAUAAAACCAAAGCAGGAGAUGAGGGCGUCCCAAACGGUGAGGGAGAGCGGCGGGAGAAAGAAGAGGGGGAUAAAGAAAAUGAUGAGGCUAUGGCCCAAAAGGAGCCGUCGUCUACAGAAGACGAGGGGAACAGGGUCUCCUCUGAAGACGGGAAACCGACGGCGGUCGCAGCUGGCGAGUCCAAACAUGUGGAAGCGGAAGAGGCUGUGAAGGAAGAGGAAGAAGGAGAGGACUGGGAUUCAUUAUUUACAGAUGAAGGAGACUGUGUGGAUCCUCACCUUCUAGAAGAGAUCUCCCAGAAGGCAGGGCGUGAAAAGACGUCCACUCAAGAUCCACAGUUCAACUAUUAUAACUGGUCUCCAGAGGACGAUGAGGUGGAGCUUCGGGAGGAUGAGCUUUCGCACAUCGUAGAAAUCUACGACUUUCCCUCUGAGUUUAAAAUGGAGGAUUUAAUCAGGGCCUUCAGCUCCUACCAGCAGAAAGGGUUUGACGUAAAGUGGAUCGAUGACACACACGCUCUGGGGUUGUUCUCCAGUCCGAUAGCAGCGCGUGAUGCUCUGAGGACCAAACACCCGAUGCUGAAGGUUCGUCCCCUCUCCAAAUCUUCCUCAGCCACUAAAGCCAAAGCCCGUGCCUCCUCCGAUUACCUCCUCCCCGCUAAAGAGCGUCCUCAGACUAGUGCAGCUCUGGCCCGUCGUUUGGUGAUCGGGGCUUUAGGAGUGAAGAGCAGUCAGAGCCAAGAGCAGCGAGAGGCCGAGAGGAGCCAGUUACGCCAAGCCAGAGAGCAAAAGCGCUUGGCAGCGAAGCAGCGAGAUGACGCGUGGGAGGGGAGGUGAAGCUGACGGAGGGCUGUAUGUGCCGGUGCUCGUGUUCUGCCCUCCUUAGAGCUCCAUCUAGACACAUCGAGGGAUUGAGUCUACAGCUGCCUCCGUCUUUGACCCAGUCUUCAAGCACCUCCAGUCAGUCCACGUUUUAGUCCUGUGUUUAGCUUGUAGUGCAUCUGAUCCAUUACAGAAGCUUGUAGUAGUGGAGAGCAGGACACAACCUCACACAUUUGGGUUUCUAUUUGCUGAAUAAUUGUACAAGUAGUUGAAGAUUAUAGAAGGUGAGUGCAAACUUUAUAAUGUAUCGUAUAGGUGGGGUCAGUUUGAACUUUUUGCCCCAUGCUAGGUUGUGUCGAUGCUUGAUUUACCUGUGCUCAGGUGUAUUAGGAGCUUAAACAGAACGAAAAUUCAGGCUGGUGGUUCUGAGGGCCGAGUGUAAAAUCUUCUAUUCUCUUAUUUUAGCCAAAGUCCAGCUCUCAGUCAUUCAACCAAGCAAAAGCAAAAUGGACAAGCAAGCUCAGUGAAACGUUUAAGGCCACUAACCCAACAAACACCGUGGUAGUACUGUUAGCAACUACCCGUCCAUGAUCCACCUACCCAGAUGGCAAGAGGCCACUGUCUGAUGGCAAAGCUGGCAGUCCACUGGCUCAGCGUUUUCCAGGGGCUAAGCAGAGCAUUAGACCAAAUAGUUUUCUAGUUUUACACGGUCCAGUGGACUUGGUUCUUGCUUCGUUUCUUUCUUUCAUUAUUCAUUAUUAUUAGCUUUACAGGACGUUGACGAAUUUCUCCUUCAGCCUAAUGAGCCACUGUUUAGAGUCGCUAUAUAACCGGGUGUGUUUACAUUCAUUCAGUAAUCCGAUCAGAAUUAGAUUACUGCAGUUAUCUGAUUAUUCAAAUGGUCAUGUAAACAGCACACUCUGAUUUCUUAGGUCAGAGUAACGUCUAGAAAUCCACUCAAGUGCGUGUAAAACCAUUGGAUUACUCACCAAAUCUAAUUUUCUGCAGUUAUCAGAUUAUUAAAAACGCACUCAUUGAGUUUCCAGUGACCAGGCUGCACUGUGUUAUGGCGAUUCACAACCAGAAAGCUUAGAAAUGGGGACAAAUUCAGUAACAGCUUUGCCAUCGUACACUGGAUUACAUAAUGGAAAAGACGACGCCCAGCCUGUCCUGAAACGAUGACCUUCCGCACACAAGCGAAAUGAGUAUCACUGAAACGUUUUAAUUUAGGUAUUCUAACAAAAAAUAAAUAUUUAAUAGGGUUAAAUAUUGUUUUAGGGGUGCUCUGUAAAGCUAACCCAGCAACUAUGAAAGGACUGGGCAGACCUCUGCGGUCGUGUCAUUCUGUAGUCGGCGUCACGCCCGUAUUAGAGACUCCAGGUCAAAGCAGUUUUUCUCUGUGGGGGGAAAACGAUACAUUUAACUCCCAAAUAAGGAUUUUCUAAUCUAAUAGGAGUCGUUAAGAAGUUGAAAUAAUAUGAAAGCAAGCUAACACUGCUGCGCCAGUCACCAUGUUCUAUGCAGGACCAAAGGGGUUCUUCUGUUGCCAAACUUGUAUACAAUAGAAGAGCCUAUAUAGAAAAAGUUCGAAAAGGUUCUAUGUAGAACCGUCUACAGCACAUUCUCCAUCCAUCUGAAGAACCUUUCUCCAUGCAUGGUUCUUUGAGUGUUCUAUUUAGAACCAUUUUCUUACCUAAAGAACCCUUGAAGAACAGUCUUUUAUAGGAGUGUGCUCCACACAAACCACCAAGCUCUGUCCGAUGAGGUGUCUAGGUUGUUUGGGAGGUUUAGGGUGCGGUCAGAGUGGCUGGUGUGGGUCGCGAUGCUCACAUGUUUGACUGCUAAACGACCUCGUAUUUCAGAGGAUCAGGUGACACGAUGGGGGGGAAUGUAUCUGACCUUGAACAUCAUUGUUUACCACAGGUAAACAUUCAUUUCCCUUCCUAGAUAAAACCGCCUUAAAGAUCAGGGUGAUUCGCAAAGCUGGAUUUCUCAAUUAUCUUGAGAACUAAGGCCAGAAACAGAAGCCUGUCCAGCUGGAGCUGAGCUAAUACACUCCUGCUGGACCCAGCUUCUGGUUUAAGUUAUCCAGUUAACUGAGAAAUCCCGCUUUGGGCUUCCUAACAUGAGCCUGACGGGGACUACAGAAUGACACUUUGGCUACGUUCACAUCACAAGCCUCAUCGCUCAAAUCCGAUCUCGCUGACUCGACGGUUCACACUCGUUUAGGUAAGCGAUUCAAAUCCGUCAUUAAUGAGCCAGACGAUUCCACGUCUGUUUGGCGCUGCUGCCACGGUAACGCUGAAUGAUGGCGCGUGCACAAUGGAGAAUAAAACCGCAUGAAUCGAUCCGAGCGCCACAUUAAGGUCACAUGGCCAUGAAUCGGAUUCGUAUCCCAUCUAGGACCACAUAGGAAAGUGGCUCAGGUCGGAUUAGAAAAGUUCAGAUUUGUGUCCACACAGCCCUGAAAACACCAGAUCUGAGUCACAUUAGGGCAAAAAAUCUGCUUUGUGUCACUUGAACCUGGUAAUGUGAACGUAGCCUUGGCUUCAGGGGUGAACAGGGUUUAAAGCCUUCGUCAUGGCCGAGGACUCUUUAUAAUCUCUAUAACCUUAAUUCAGUUCAGGCCGUCCCACAUCCGUCGCUGAUGUGAGCGAUUUCUGUUGAUCGUCUGUCGACCCUCCGGAGGGAACAGCUGACUGUUCUUUAAGAGUUUCUGGACUAAACACUGCAAUCUUUACUGCGUUCAAAGAGCUUUAAGGUCAGCAAAUUGUGCUACAGGCUUUCUGUUGUCCAGGUACCAAAUAAGAAUCGGAGGCUGGUGACAGACCCGUCUGCGUGUGUUCGUUGUGUUUAGUGAUGGUGUUUUUUCACUGCUGUACAGAUUCGUAACCGUGAUUUGAAUAAAAUAAAGAUUUAUAACUGUUG